CUCAUAAAUUGAACUUUGACACCUACCAGAUAACAGACGAAUUGGAGCAGCAGCUUCCUUGUUUUACCACCGAUCAAAAGGCAAUAGGUGACACACCUUUCACUCCGUGGCCGUGGAGAAGACGUGUUCCAGCACCAUGCGUGUUUAGAGGUUUAGAGGGGAUAUUUCUAUCUGAACGUUUCUUCCAAAAAAGGUCCAAAUAAAGUUUUCCACCAUGAGGCCUCCGGUGGAAGUCAGCGUGUUCCUCCUCUCCCUUUUGGCUCCAGCAGUUUUGUACACCUUGAACAACAUACCUGCACUUCAGGAACCUCUUCCUAUACUGGGAGUGGGAUUGGUCGUCCUGGGAUCCUUUCUUCUUCUCCUCUCAUUGGUCGUGCGAAACAAGACCAAAGUGGACCCUUUGUUCUAUGCAUUUGCAGAGUUUGCCUUCACCUGCCUGGUUGGCCUGACUAAUGCUUUAGAGCAGGAUGGGUUCAUCUCUGGCUUUAUGCGCUUCUACCUGAAGAUGGGUGAGCCUCAUCUGAGCACCGCCUACGCCAUAAUGAUGUCUUAUUGGGAAGGUGUUUUUCACUACAUCUUAUUCCUCGUUAUUAUCCACUGCAUGUUCAAAGGGAAGCCGUAUCGUAGCCUGGGGCUGCUAUGGGCCGGUUCCUCCAUUGCUCAUCAGAUCGUCCUGAUUCCAGGAGUGGUCAUAGGUAAAUAUGGGUCAAGCAUUAAACCAGCCUUCUGGAGGAACACCCCUUUCUUUGUGGCUCCUUUCUGGGCGGCCUCCGUUCUGUUUAGCCGACCAAGACAAAUGCCAAUCGUCAAAGCAGACACGAUUUCAGCUGAGCAGAGUAAAAGUCUGCUGCGUCGACCUGUUGACCUACUCCUGUCAAUUCUACUCCUCGGAACGAUGGCCUUCUCUGUUUUCAGAGGCUUUGUGGUGCUGGACUGUCCUCUGGACGCCUGUUUCACCUACAUCUACCAGUACGAGCCCUACCUCAAAGACCCUGUUGGUUUUCCCAGGGUCAUGAUGCUCGGGUAUUUGUUUUAUGCUGUGCCCCUGGUAACCAUAUUCAUCUACGGCCUGAUGACACCUGGGUGCAGCUGGAUGUUGGAUUGGACCCUUUUCUUUGCUGGGGCCAUGGCUCAGACCCAGUGGUGCCAUAUCGGAGCAUCUCUGCACUCCCGCACUCCCUUCACAUACCGAGUCCCAGCAGAUAAGUGGUGGCCCGUUAUCACCCUCAAUGUGCUGCUGGCUGUUGUGCCGACUCUGCUUGCCCUGCGCUGCUACACCAACCCCACUUAUUUUAUGAAACCGGUUCCCAAAGGACAGAGCGACAAGGAGAAGAAGAAAAACUAGACCACACGUAGGCUGCAGAGGACCGUGGAGGAAUACUUCACGCCCUGACGGGGCUAAUGUUUUCUGGGGACUCUCGUUGGCACACAAACUGCAUUAAAGACCCAAUUUCUCAACCCAGAGGAAAUCUAAAAGUGUUGCUUUCUGAGUCAACUGUUGAAAAUCAGUCACCCCUCGCUCAGCAGCAGCAGCAGCAGCAGCACUCCCUGCAAGGACUAUUGGACCCUGAUAAGAACCUCCUGAUGGAGGUGAGGACUGUGACUCAUGCAAACACAAAAUUGGUUUCUUCCCAACGAGGACUUUUGACCUGGAACAUAUACGUUGGCAACAGUUAUAUUUAUACAUAUUUCAGUGCAGAAAUCUUCACAGAAACUCCAUAGCUCCACAGACUGCAGUUUGUUCUUGUUGAUCUUAAAUGAACAGUCAAUAGAAAUAGCUCUCUGUUGAACAUGAGAUUUGUUUUAGGAUUUCUGUAUGCUUUAAAGACUAAUAUUUCUAAUGUCACCAAUAACAGCAGAUGGCUUUAAAAAGGUAAAAAGUCCACAUCUUGCAACAUAUUUACUAAUUUCUCAAGAUUUUCUCUCAUUUGCUCACUAAUAUACUGGAAAAUAACUUAAAGAAUAUGGACAACAAGGUCUCCAAUCAUAACACUGAGAAAAAAAGUCCUCAUACUUUCCUUAUGUCAAAAAGGGUGAAAGGUUAGAGAUUAUAGGUGUAUUGUUUUUGUACAAUAAAGGUGUUUGAAGCAUUGCAA